UUUCGUUGGAGAACCUGGUGAUAGAUAUCAGGCAGUUGACGUCGGGCAUCCAGCUCAGCAAGCGAGAGUUUGCCCAGCAGCACGACAACUCGAUCCUGAGAGAUUUCCUCCUGGCAAACGAAGACAAAGUCAAGAAGGUCGACAGCGACAUGAAGAAAGCAGAGGAGGCCUACAAUGAAGCGGUCGGUUACUACGGCGAAAACCCCAAGAUGUGCCCGCCCAGCACGUUCUUCUCCCUCUUCCAGCGUUUUGUCAACGCUUACAAGAAAGCGGAAGCAGAUAACGAGCAUCGGAAAAAGCAAAAGGAGGCUGCUUUGGAGACAGCCGCAAACAUUGAGGCGGCCAAGAAGUCUCGCAAGCAGAAAGAUCAGAAAAAGGUCAAUCAGGACGCCAUGGUGCUUGAGCUGCAGAAGAAACACAGGAACCACCAGGACAAGAGGCGAGAAGCUUCGGACGGAGCCAUAGAAAAUAUCAUCUCAGAUUUGAAAAAUGAGCCUUACAGAAGGGCGGACGGGAUCCGACGCAGUCUGCGGCGGAAGCAGCAGGAAAACCUACGGCCUACAAUCCUCUCCAACGAAAUGGUCAUCUGAAUCAGCUUUGGCAUGAAGAGGUCCAAGAUGAAAUACCCCGGACAGAAAUAGGUCGAGAUCCCCUCCCACCCCCCCCUCCCUCCACGCCCACUUGCCACAAAGUUUCCUGUAUUAUCUGUCCCAGAUGACUCGAUGGGUGUAGUGCAUUGAAUUGGACUGCUUCAAGUUCCAUUUGUAAAUAUGAGGGGCUCCCCUGAUCAUUUUGUAAUAAUUACGAGAACUGACUCUGUGAUAUUUAAACAAAACAAGGAGGAUUUACUUCAUCCAAGAAUGUGAAUAGGUGGAGCUCCCCUCGCAUCAAAGUGCCAUAUUAAAAAAAAAUUAAUUGUUACUUUUUUUGUAAAUAGUAAAUUGUUGAUUACUUUUUUAUAGUUUAAGACUUGAAAGGAUUGAGCUUCCCCUGUAAGGGGUGCUCCCCCUAAAACCAGUUAUAAAGAGGCAUUUAAAUAAUCAACACAGCAAAACGGAAUGGUAUUUACUCCGAAGCUCGCCCAAGAAAGAAUAGGACAGGCACCCCAUUUAAAAUGUUAUGAUUUUUUGUAGCUCAUUUGUUAUGCAGAUGUAAUUUUUAAAAAGGCUUUGAUGAACUUAAAAUGCUUUUCCGUUCACAGAUUUUUGAAGUCUUUGCCAAAAAAUAUGCCAGUUUUUGUAAGAAAAAAAAGAUCUUUUGAAAUAUUCAGAUAGUAUUUGCUCUUAAUAGACUUCUGUGUAAGGACGGGAAAUCAGAUUUUGACAAGACGCAAGUGCCAGGAAACAUCCACCUUUUGCAUUUUUAUUUUCUCCUUGGAUGUUAAGUAUCCCUUUCACCCAAAAGUUUUUGGAUUUCUAUAUUUCUUCUUCGAAGUACCACUUAAAAUUUCUUGACAUUUGUGAUCUACUGGUUAAAAUACCAAACCACAGUGGUUUUCUGUGAUAGUCUUCAAUCUCUGGAGAGAACUUACUUGAGAAAACCCUGUUGAAAAAUAAAAUAUGAUAAUGAUGCCAAAAAAUCCCCCAAAAUUUUCAAAACAGUUGAACUACAAUAAAGUGCCUGUUAUGUCGUAACAUUUUUACCCACGAAGUUGAACCUUCUAACGACAUUAUUGCAAAUACAAGUUCAAGUGAAAAACAAAUUGCAUUGAAAUUGUUUAUGUACGUUUAUCCCACUGAUAGUAGUUUUUCUCCAUUCUUUUUGGAGCUUUUUGGAGCUUUUUGAAACUUGCGAACAAUACAUGGACAUUGUACAAAAAGUUAAGUAUGUUUCAUAUUGUAAAUUAUUUUUUAAAAACCAUUUACCAUUAAGCUUUUUUUAUUUGCGCAUUUUAAAAGUCAACUGUUUGAACUAUUGUUUUUUUAUUAAUUUGAAAUGUUUCUUAACUUUUGUAAAUCAAUUUUUUUUUACAUCAACAAUGUGCAACUAUCUGGCAUGAGCUUCCAUAUUUUGUAUGGUGGUGGGAACAUGUUAUAACUUUUAAGCCAAUCCAGAGCAACCAUUUACGUCACGUGAUGUCAGAUAAGCCAAUCAUAUUGCCUGUUUUAUAGCCUUAGGUUCUGAGACUCUGUCCAUCCACCAAUUAGAACACAAUUCAGGAUAACAUGGUGUCCGAGUAGCCAAUCAGUUGUCAUUUCUUUUAAACUUUUAGGGGAAAAAAAUUAAGCUGAGCCUGAAAUUAAUUUCUCAGAGAAGAAAAAGUCUGAAGACAGAACCAAUGGAAAUUGGUACCGAUAUGCAAAAAAAAGUGAAAUACGUUGUAAAUUGAGAAAGUAAAUGUAUAUUUUUUAUCAAAAUUACAACUUUUAGUGUGUUUUACUUGUACAUUCUAGUUAUUCUUAUGUUUAUUUAGAUAAACUUCCUCUGGGGAUGAUUCUGUUCACACCUUUAUUCUCAUUAUAGUCACCCUUUUGAAAAUUCAUCCUUUUCCUUUUUUUCUCCUACACUUGGUAUCAGUACUGGGCCUCAACAUUUUGAAAGGGAUCAUAGGGCAUUUGUUAAUGUUGUUUUAUUCAAUAUUUGUUUUUAGACAGUAAUAUGGUGAGAUUUUCUGGUCUUUGGUGUCGCUAGUAACUGAUCUUUGACAAUUACCUAAACAAGUAAUAUUUAACCAAACGAAUCAACUACUGGGUUUUUUUUACAUUUUUUUUUUUUACAUUGAAUGCAAAGUAAUAAAAUGUCUCAAUUUGUAUGGUCAGAAA